AUGGAGCGACAGAAUUUGAAAUUUGGCCGUCUUUGUUUGAUUAACAGAGACCGAGAGAAAACAUUACAGUCAAACCUGAUUUGGUUGGAAUGUUGUAAGAAUGGGAAGACAUACAAGGAAGGAGAAGAAUUUACGAUUGGACAUUUACGUUACAAAUGUCAAAAGUAUGGCGUAUACUCGAUAGAAGGUUGUGUAACGGAGGCAAAGAAGAAUCUGAAAAUUGGUCAAACUACUGUCGAGAACAAUGUGAAAGCUCAAUGCCUUGGAAAGGGAAAUUCAGUUUUCUACAGAGAAACAGUUUGCGGAACAAUGGGUCAACCUGACUGUGACAAAAUCGACCUACCGUCGGGCUACAAAGAAGCAGUUGCUCGGGAGGAAUCAAAGCCCAAAAUCACCCUACCAGGUCUUCCACCAGGCUGGUCAGUAAUUGAUGAAACCCAUCAGGAUAUUCCCGGGUCGGGUGGCCAUUCGGUUGUGUCAAGGACUCUUAUGUUUCAGGCACGACGACAAACCGGUCAUGGUGUUGGCUCAGUUGUUGGUAUAGAAGAUGUCGGAACUGACAAACCUCCCAUGCCAUUAAGUAUGCAACUUAAUGGUGGCAAGGUAAUUCUCCUCAGUUCGGAAAUGAUCGGGAAAGUUGGGCUGUACGUCUGGGACAUGAAGUACGAUUUUCAGCCUGAAACUGUGGUAGGAUCUCGUUCCCAUGUUAAUUGGAGCGGACGAAAAGUCGUGGUUAAUGGGAAAACCGUUGGAGUUGGAGAAGGAACUUUCACAUUCGGCAAUUCACCAACUGGAGCUGCAGCGAAAAAAGGACACUGA